GGUGGAGAGAAGGGGUGGUUUGGGUGAAGACCUGUGCUGUUAUUGGAGGGGAAGCUAGUCUAUGCUUGGAAGUGCUGGGCCCUUCGUGAAGGAGUGCGACCCGAAGUGACCGAGCUGCUCUCCCCUUCCCUUGGCCCAUGGCUGGGGUGCAGACCCUCGGUCGAGCAAGAGGCUCAACCUGGACCUGGAGGCCAGUGGCGCGAGACGUGCUUCUGGCUCGUGCCUUCCAUUCAUGCACGGAACUGGAAGGACGGUUCUAUCUGGUAGGGGGUCUCCUAGAAGGUGGUGCAAGAGUGCCCAGCAACGACACUGUGAUCUUUGACCCAGCUGUAGGCCAAGCGGUGCGACUGGUAGCCCGAGGUAGUCCCCUUCGCAGCCACCACGACGCGGCACUGGUGGGAGGUCGUUGGCUCUGCGUGGUGGGUGGCUGGGACGGGUCACGUCGCUUAUCCACGGUGGCCGCGCUGGACACGGAGAGAGAGGUGUGGGAAGCAUGGGCUGCGAACCCUGGCAACUGCCCUCCUGCUGGCCUCAGCAGCCACACCUGCACUCGCCUCUCAGACGGGGAGCUGCGAGUGUCUGGCAGAGAGGGUGGUACCCACACUCAGCGACGCUACGGAAGCAUCUACACGUUAAAGUUGGACCACAGGACCCGAACUUAUUGCUACAAAGAAGAAGGCUGCCACACAACCUCACGAUCAGGCCACUGUGCUGCCCUGCUGCCAACUGCUGGGCCGCACCCGGGUCAUCAGCUUUUGCUCUUUGGGGGCUGCAACUCAGUUGGACCGGAGGUAGCAGGGCAAUGGAGCCCUGGGAAAAUCAAGGAGGAACAACCAGUUGCCCCUCAUUUGAGGGAACAGCUUGCAAGGCUUGUGAGCAGUGGGCAGGGACUGCAGCAAGGACCCCAGAGCCUGCGCCAUCAUUCCUGUUCAGUGGUGGGACCCUUCGCUGUACUAUUUGGCGGAGAAACUCUGACCAGAGCUAGAGAUACGAUCUGCAAUGAUCUCUACAUCUACGAUACCCGCAAGUCUCCGCCUCUGUGGUUCCACUUCCCCAGUACAGACCGUGGACUGAAGCGCGUGGGCCAUCGGACUUGCCUUUGGAAUGACCAGCUUUAUUUGGUUGGGGGUUUUGGUGAGGACGGCAGGACAGCUAGCCCACAGGUUUGCAUCCUGGAAUUCUUCAUCUAAAGAACAGCAGGGAGGCACUCUGUGUUGUGGCAAACCUACAAAGCGAUCUCAUCAGAGCUAUUGCCCUACUUCAAAUACUUAUUAAAUUUCAAUCCGAGAGUUUUGUCUCUGAAUCCUUUAGAAGAUUUAUACAUUUUACUUAUAUAAGUGCCCUAUUUGCAUGUACACCUUUGUGCCAGAAGAGGGCAUCAGACCCCAUUAUAGAUGGUUGUGAGCCACCAUGUGGUUGUUGGGGAUAAUAAAACAGAUGCCCCCUGGAAGAGCAGACAGAGCUCUUCACUGUUGAGCCAUCUGAGCCAUCUCUCCAGCCCUCUGAAUCCGUUUUAGAAGAGCAUCAAAUAAACAGAUUACUUUAUUUGCAAAGG